AGGAGGGGAAGUCUAUUUUCACUAAAACGAGAUCCACACUCAUAAUCCGACCCGAAGAGUUUAUACACUUUACAUGGUCGUCUCUGGCUCUCUGCUCUCUGCUCUCUGCUCUCUGCUCUCUUUCCCUCAUUUCGUUCUGUUGGAUUUGGCGGCUACUAUUCUCCAUCAGUUUUAAACCCACGCAGAGUGAGAGUGGUCAAUAUUGUUGAGCAGUUCAAGUUGUUUGAGAGCAAAGGAGGUUCCUUUGGGGUUGCAUAUCUUGUAUGAGGCAUUGUUUUCAGUUACCCAGAAGAAAAUAAUGAGGAUCGUUGCAGUUGCCAGAUUGUUUCAUGCCCGUCCCACACUGCCUAAAGCAACUGGUCAUUUGCAGGUUCGUGCGUUCCAACCGGAUUUCAAGCCCAGGGAUCCCAAGGCCAAGCCGAUACGCUAUAAAUAUCCGGAAGUUUAUAACCCUUAUGGUCCUAGACCUCCACCCUCGGAUAAGAUUGUUCAGCUUGCUGAAAGAAUUGCGGCACUGGCCCCUGCAGAACGGAGCCAACUUGGUCCUGCACUUGUGGAGAGGCUAAAACUUCCGCAGAUGCAGCACAUAUCAACAGAAGGCAUGGACUUAGGUGCACAGGGAGGGGCUGCUGGUGCGUCGAAGGCUGAGGAGAAGAAGGUUGAGAAAACUGCUUUUGAUGUCAAGUUGGAGAAGUUUGAAGCAUCCGCAAAAAUCAAGGUGAUCAAGGAAGUGCGGGCUUUUACCAGUCUCGGAUUGAAGGAGGCUAAAGAUCUUGUUGAGAAGGCACCUUGUGUGCUCAAACAGGGGCUUACCAAAGAGGAAGCAAACGACAUGAUUGAGAAAUUAAAGGCUGCAGGAGGAGUUGCUGUCAUGGAGUAGAAUUCUAUUUAUUGUGUGUUAUAUUGUUUGGUAAUCUGGUGUCCCUCAAAUGAGCUGCAUUGUCGUUUCUGUUCUUAUGAUAUAUGGAAAGUUCGUUGCAGUUUCAGUGAAUUUUGAAUGUAGGAAGUAAUAAUUAUGUGGAUCUAUCUCACAUUGUUUGGUUGAACUGAAUUCUGUAGUUGAGGCUGCAAAAUUUUCCAUUCGUGAAUGUUAUUGACUUGUUGAACACUGCAGAAGUAGUGGGAAUAAGCAUAUACUCAAAACCCAGUAUGACUUCUACAUAGGGAACAUUUUACGAAUGGUAUUUGGGAAUAAAGAUGAAAAAAAAAAAAAAAAGGUUACGGC